AUGACAUCAAAAAGGGAAAGGGCAACUGAUGAUAGGGUAGAGAAGGAAGGGCUUGAUUUUGAAUCAAAAAGAACAAGAGUGGAUAAGGACUCUUCCCCCUCUCCUCCUCCUGUAUCCAUUGCAAAUCCUCUUUCUGGGUUGGCUAAUAACUAUGCUGACAUCGAUGAGGAAGAAGAUUAUUAUCAAAGGGAUAAGGGUACUGUUAGCGACAAUAGGAAUGGUGUGUCUCAGCAUAAUGGGCAUAAAUAUGAAGGGGAUGAUUAUAGUGAUGAAGAAGAAGAUUCACAGGAACAACUAUUUGGUGGAAGAAGUCGGCAGGUGGAGGUUCGGAAGGACUGUCCUUAUCUGGACACUGUAAAUAGACAGGUUUUGGAUUUUGACUUUGAGAAGUUCUGUUCUGUCUCUUUGUCAAAUUUAAAUGUCUAUGCGUGUUUGGUUUGUGGCAAGUAUUACCAAGGGAGAGGGAAAAAAUCUCAUGCCUAUACGCAUAGUCUGGAAGCUGGACACCAUGUUUAUAUCAAUCUCCAGACUGAAAAAGUAUAUUGUCUUCCCGAUGGCUAUGAAAUUAAUGAUCCCUCACUAGACGACAUUCGGCAUGUCCUGAACCCAAGGUUUACUGCAAAAGAUGUUGAACAACUUGACAAAAAUAAGCAGUGGUCCAGGGCACUAGAUGGUUCUAGUUACCUUCCGGGAAUGGUUGGACUUAAUAAUAUUAAGGAGACUGAUUUUGUUAAUGUAACAAUUCAAUCCUUAAUGAGAAUUACCCCGUUGAGGAAUUUUUUUCUUAUCCCUGAAAACUAUCAACACUGCAAAUCUCCACUUGUUCAUCGAUUUGGUGAACUCACUAGGAAGAUCUGGCAUGCACGAAACUUUAAAGGACAGGUCAGUCCCCAUGAAUUUCUUCAAGCAGUGAUGAAAGCUAGUAAAAAACGAUUUCGAAUUGGUGCGCAGUCUGACCCAGUUGAGUUCGUGUCAUGGCUUCUUAAUACGCUGCAUGCUGAUCUUAAAACUUCAAAGAAGAAUACAAGCAUAAUUUACGAGUGUUUUCAGGGUGAACUUGAGGUUGUUAAAGAGAUUCCUAACAAAAGGAUCGGUGAUAGAAAAGAAAAUAUUGAGGACCAAUUGGAUGGCGCAGCUAAGCAAUAUGCAUCCUUCAAAGAAACUUUAAAAAUGCCAUUUCUAAUGUUAGGGUUGGACUUGCCGCCGCCUCCUCUUUUUAAGGAUGUGAUGGAGAAAAAUAUAAUACCCCAGGUUCCACUUUUCAACAUACUAAAGAAGUUUGACGGUGAGACUAUCACCGAGGUGGUCCGUCCUCAUAUAGCAAGGAUGCAAUAUCGUGUUACCAGACUGCCUAAGUAUAUGAUUCUUCACAUGCGGCGAUUUACCAAGAACAAUUUUUUUGUGGAAAAGAAUCCUACUUUAGUCAACUUUCCUGUGAAGAACUUGGAGUUGAAGGAUUACAUUCCCUUGCCAACACCAAGAGAAAAUGAGAAAUUACGCACUAAAUAUGAUUUGAUUGCAAAUAUUGUUCAUGAUGGCAAACCAGGGGAAGGAUCCUAUAGGGCGUUUGUGCAACGAAAAUCAGAAGAACUAUGGUAUGAGAUGCAGGAUUUGCACGUCUCAGAAACACUCCCUCACUUGGUUGCACUUUCAGAAACUUACAUGCAAAUAUACGAACAGCAGCAGUGA